AAAGUGCACAGGCAUCAAUAAGCCUACAUCCACUGGAUGUAAGAUAUAAUUUAUUGCUGCACAGCAAAUAACAGCCAUAGGUACUGAUAGCUAUAGUGUUUUCAAUAGCUUGCUUAAUGAUUUUUAUAAUGUGUAUAAGCACAAUUAAUUAAUAUCAUAGUAGAAACAAAAUAUAUCCCAGAUUUUUUUGGCACCCAGUAUAAGACAUCUGAAAAGAAUAUUGGCGAUGAUGGGACUAAGAAGACGAAUGCUGCAAAACACUGUUGAGGCAUCUUAUGCUAUCAUGGAGGAAUUAAAUGGAAGUGGUUCUUCUCUUGGAUGUCGUGGACUACAGCGUCGUCUUUUGUCACAUGGACUCGUGGUUUCAAGAGAACAGGUUUUGGCCAUUCAAAAGGAACUGGACCCUAUUGGUGUUUUGGAAAGAAAACAGAGGCGUCUAAAGAGAAGAGUAUAUCAUAACAAAGGCCCUAAUUAUCUAUUGCAUGUCGAUGGAUAUGAUAAGCUUAAAAGAUUCGGUUUCGCAAUUCAUGGAUGUGUUUGCGGAUUUUCUCGACGUGUGUUGUGGCUAAGAGUAGGCAGAUCAAACAAUGAUCCCAAGGUGAUCGCCUCAUAUUUUUUGGAUUUCUUAAGAGAAUUGAGAGGAGUUCCAAGGUGUAUAAGAUCUGAUGAAGGAACAGAAAACUGCAUCAUCGCUGAUAUUCAAAGGGCUUUUUGGUGGUAUCAUGAUGAUGAUAUGGCUGGAGAGAAAAGUUUUCUUACAGGAUCAUCACCUUCAAAUCAAAGAAUCGAACGAUGGUGGUUGUCCAACAAACAAGGUGGUGGACAAUUCUGGAUUGAAUUUUUCAGCAAUUUGGAGCACAUGGGAAAGUUUUCUACCUCGGACCAUGUUCAGCUGGAAUGUCUACGAUUUUGCUUCACAAAACUUGUGCAGGAUGAUCUUAAUAGGUGUGCUCAGGAGUGGAAUCAACACAGAAUUCGACACACAAAGUCUGCUGAAUUGCCUGGUGGAAAACCAGACUUGAUGUAUUAUCUUCCAGAGUUAUACGGUACACAUGAUUUCAAAAUGGAGAUAGAUAUGGCUGAUGUGGAUGCAGCUGAAGAAUUUUGCAUUUAUCAAAGUGCUUUUGGGUGUUUGCCAGAAUUUGAAGAGGAAUGUAAAAACAUUAUGUUUGAAAAUUCGCUGUUGUUGCCAACAAAUCAUAGUGAAGCACUUGCAUUGUAUGAAUGGCUCGUAUCUUACUUUAAUGCAUGAACAAGAUUGCUGAUGAACACCAUGUACAAAUACAUGUAAUGAUAUGAAAAAGAGUUAUACAAUAUCAUUCUUUGUAAAUUGAGCAUACAAGUAUGUUUUCAGAAAGUUGCAUUCAUUUAAAUAAAAUUAUCAAAAUAAACUUAUUGGAAUAAAGUUAACAAAUUAAGGAAACUUAUUUUUAAUGUAGAUGAUGGAAGGUCAGUACAGGAUGAUUUAAAUUUCCAAAAUCAACUUAAAAUUAUUUACAAUUGCUCUUGGCCUUUAAGUUUCCAGUUAUGUACCAACUUAUCUCCCCUGCAUCUUUAGUCUAGUGUUCAACCACGUACAUGUACUAAUUAAUUUGACAGCGAAGCCUACAUGUACUUGACUGUCGUAUCUUUCUCAUUGCAAGUCUAUAUACAACCCCAAAGAAAUCUUAACCCAGUCUGGGUCAUGUACAUAUUAACCCUGAAGAGUAUUAACUGUUUUAUGUACAUAUCAUGAUCUAGUAAACAGUAUAAAUAAAGAAGAAGGUACAGUUUCCUUCAA